AUGAGUUGCUUUCAAUAUGAACGGGAUAUUGCUCCGUCUGUUGAGGAACGAAAAAAGAUUAUCCGCCAAAGCAAAAUACACUGGGACUUUUUGCGUGAAAUGAUAGCCGAUGGGCCGUUGGGAUACGUACCAGACAUCAGUCGAAGACUUAAGAGUGUCCCUGACUAUACACAUUCUCGUCAUACGGAAUAUGUUGACUCUUCCAAACAAUAUGUAUUUGGUAAAGGGGUCGUGAAAUGGUCAACAACAGAUACAUGGGGCUGUGAGGCUCCUGAUUCCUUGGAGGAGAGUGAGUGCAAUUCAUCGUAUAAUGAAGACUUCAUGCGCCUGGCAGAGAGCAAGAUGGUGGCACAAGACGUCCUUUUAGGCUUACGAGAUGUUAUUCCUUGCAACCUCGAUGAAUGUCAUGGAUUGAGAGGCUGGAUUGGCAAUGGAGAUGGAAGGGACUAUGUGGCCGCGCUGACCCUGGCAUGGGCUUAUAUCCUUUCCAGCGCCUGGGCGAUGUCACAGGACGGGCAGGUUAGAUAUACAGCCGCGAGGGCACUGACUUGCGCCCCAGGCCAGGCUUAUGGCCCAAUACUAGAAACUUGCACCGAGAAUCCAGAAGUCGUGAGGUGGUGGUCAGCAGUCCUUGCUCCUGGGCAAGGAUGGGUAGCCUCAAUUCUUCUUUGUGACGACGUUGAAUACCAGUCACCAUGGGCAAUGUGCCUCACCAGUAACCUGAAUUUGACUAUAUGUGGACCUGCACCUGUAUCCCCUAUAAAAUGCCCGGGCGCGCAUACUAGCUAUCAGUAUCUCCGAGAUUUCUGCCUCCAACACGGCCUUAUGGAGCAGGCAAAAACAGCCUUCGUGGCAGCCCUCAUGAUCCCCACACAUGCACACACUGGAACCCCUUUCAUGCUACCGGCGCCGAUAUGCACACCUUCCAAUUCUCCGAUGGUGGACUCGGGGCCGCAAUGUGAAGACCUCGAAGAGCUAAAUCGCCGGAUGCUACACCUUAUGACUAUAAGUUCUGCUUGUACUGUGAUUCUUUCUCUUCUCUGCAGCGUCUUUUUCGAACCGUCAGUUCCAUGCAAUCUAUGCAGCGAGUGGUUAGAGCCCAUAUUCUCAAUCCUUGAUUCCGUGAACCUGCGCCACGCUACAGCUAUGUGCAUGUUCCAAAAUACGUCGGUUGGAGGUUGGUGGCUGGGGAGUGCGAUCACUGGCCUUGAUAGGUUUGUUCUGGAGAAGGCUCGAAGCGGCGUACCCCAUGUAAACCUGCAAUCCUGGUGGUGGACGCAGAUACCUCAAUCCUUUAUAUGUUCUCCAUGCUCAGGCCCAAUCGGUAGCGGUGAGACGCUUAUUACUCGUGAGAAAGAGGCAUUUUUACUCUUUCUUUCUCAAAAAAAUUGGAUCGGCGGCCCCCCACCUUGGAAACCUCCUGGUAAAAUUGUGAUUAGUGACUCUCAUCUAGCCGUUCAGCAACACGCUCGCUGCACUGGCCAUUCUCUCCGUUACAUAUCAUGGUUCUGGGUCAGCAAAAAGGAUGAGUAUCUCGCGGACGUGGGCUAUACAUCUCCGGGAGAUAAACCGCCACCGGUAAACUUAGGCAGCCUGGGCAGCCUGCUGUGGUGUGACUUUGUGAAGAAUGUAGCUCCAGAAACCAUAGCUCAAGAUGCCUCAAAACUAUGUUCUGAUAGAUAUUCCCGUGUAUUUAAAAGGAAGGCGUCGGGUUUCAUGACAGAUAUUUACAUGAAUCUCUAA